CAAGGCUUUCCUAGCACGGGCCGCUACCAUCACGCGGCGGAGAGGAGGGGGUCUCCACGGACGCCGAUUUCCUCCCGUUUCUGCGCUUCUCUUCAGGAAAAAAAAAUAGGGGCCCAAAGAAGAGGGAAAGGUCAAAAACCUCCUCCAGCAACGUCUUGAUUUCUUCAGUGCGCUCUGAUUUGUGGUCUUUUUCAACUGGUGCAGUCAAACACUUGAGUUCAUCGUUUAGAAGCCAGCCAGGAAGGUCAAAAAUGGUGACCACAUGACACUGCAACGGUCAUAAGUGCAAACUGGUUGCCAAACGGCCAAAUCAUGAUCACGUGACUACAGGGAUACUGUGACGGUUGUAGGUGUGAGGACUGGUUGCAUGUCAGUUUUUUCAGCACUGUCGGGCAUGCUAAUCCAGAGGCUGAGGUGGGUCCGGCAUCCCCCCAUCGCUUCCUCUAUCUUGAUGCUGCUUCUCAGCCUCGUCUGGGUGAUGGGGGUAGGAGAAAAUUUCGUUUUAUCGCCCAGCUUGCUAACCAGCCCUUCUCAAGCCUUCCGCCUCGUGACUUACUGCCUGUGCCAUGCCAAUGGCCGCCUCCUCGUCGCCAGCUUGCUCUUCUUCCCACUGCUGGGCUGGCGCAUGGAGCUGCAGAGAGGCACCCUUUGCUACCUCCAGGCCACUGGGCUCGGUGCUGCCAUCUCGGCUCUGCUCUACCUCCUCCUUGCUGGACUCUGGGGAGCCGAACCUCAUGCCGCCAUCAGUGGCCACAUCCCCGUCCACCUGGCUCUGCUGGGGUGCCACGGAAGGCACUCAGGGUGGCUUUCCAUGGCUCUGUUGGCCGGAUUGCUGUUCGGGCUCGGGGAGAUCCUGUCCCCCCAUUCUCCCUUCCUCCUGCACCUCUGUGGGCUGCUCACAGGUCUGGCCUACUGUGCCGGGACUUCGUCCUUCUUGGGACUGUUCAAGCGACAUCUGGAAAGACUGCGAGACGGGACCCCUUGCUGGAGUCACAGCGGAGGUGUUUUUCCUCGCUUCAUCAGGCCCAUGGCAUCUGGCACUCUCCCAGCUACAGCCAGGAAGGAAAGGAUUCUUGCUCAGAUGCUCCCACCCAACUUGGCAGGGACAGUUGCGAUCCAGGUUCUACCCCCUUCCCCAUCUUGGACAGAUGAAAGCACAGCCCAGGAACCCCAGCUGCUGUUUCCUUCUACCUCCCUUUACCCUUUCUCAGCCCUCCGUGGAGCUUCAGAUACACCUCUCUUUACUCUCCCGGAUUCCCUGAUGGAGGAAGAGCUAAUACAAGCGGGAAUCCAGGCCUCUCUGCAAGAUAUGGGUGAAGAAGAAGUGAAGCUGCCCAAAUCUUCUGUCUCUUCCCUCCGGCUCCAGCAGCUGCAGAAGAUGGGCUUCCCAACGGAAGAGGCCGUGAUCGCUCUGGCAGCCACUGGCCACGUGGAAGGAGCCGUCUCUCUGCUGAUCGGAGGCCACGUCGGGGACCGAGCCGUGGUGGCGGCAGAGAACCGCUCAGCGCCUCACACACAGCCUCAGCCAAGCCCCGAUCGGUGAGGAGAUCGGAGGAGGCCAACCUCAGGCAUUUCGGCGUUGGGCGUACCAGGAAGAAGUGGAAGGGUGAAGAAUGCCACGAGAUAGAGGGGUGCAUUGCAGAACUGAACUUGGUGCUGCAGGAGCAUGGAAGGGGUGUUAUAUGAUACCAUGUAGCCCCAGAAACAGGUUGGCUGCAAAUUCUCCAGGGGAAAUGCAGGUUCUUCUUCUGCUCCUGCCUGGAUUGCUGGGACACAGCAGGGUCGUGAAGGCGGGUAAUGGUGGAUGCAUUUCCAACCAGAGUUGUGAUCCGUCAGGUUGCAAUUCCUUUUUCCACUCUGUGCAUGAGUGGAGCAAACCCCGCCCCCCCCCGCCCCAAAGCUGCAUGCAACAGGAACCAAACUGCAGAAACCAGUUGCAGUUUUCACCCAGCAUAUCCACACGCAGCCAGCCAUUCAAGAGGAUGGGGACUUGUAUCACAAGGGGCUCCCUGGUGUCCUGCAGAUCGACCCGCCCAAGCCCUCGGAUGUGGAUUACAAACUCCGCAAAGCAGCCACACGUACAUUUGGGUUGCCAGAAUAUAAUCUCUGCCGCUGUCUCUCGACUGUAUCGCCCAUUUGGUGUGUUUGUGUUUUGGUUCAAGUCUGCCUUCUCCCCACCUGCUCCCCUCGUGCCCUUCAAACGUUGGGCCGGGUGGAGCGCGGCAGAACCGGCCGUGUUCAACGGAAAGGCUUUUGCAAACGGAAGCGGUUUGUGAAAAAGCCGGGCAGCAAUAUUUAUUAACAGAAUUUUUUGCACUUUAAAACCUUACCUCCGAUGCCUGUGCCUGUUAGAGUGCACAAGAUAUAACUACAGUAAUAGGGAUUUGUGCAGGGGGGAAAUCAGGCUGUUUCUUAUGAUCCAAUGUGAUCUGGAAUAAAAAUUGGGGGAGGAUGGGUGGGUGUCCUGACAUUCAGUAAUGCCUGCUGUGUUAAAAAAACAAAACAAAACAGGAAUUUAAUCUCUCUAGCUCUGUGCAAAGUGCCCACCCUGUUCGUUGCUGGCAGGCUACUGAUUUAGGGGCUGGAAAUAUUUUCACACCUAGGGUCCCACGCUAGUAACAUGAGCAAGUUCGUUGCUCUUCAGCGAUCUUUUUAUUCUCAGACUAGGCCGCAAUGGGGUUGGGAAGAUGGUGGUUAAAUUGUGGAACCCGGCCACCGUUUUUGGCUCAUUACACAAGCUAGGCUGUCACGUCAAGCCACAGACGUCUUAUGCUCCACUUUGUCACGCGAGCAGAAUUACAACUUGCUGUCGUGGGUUUUGAGAGAAGCCGGGAUUAAGGUCCCCCUUCCCCUGCAUUUUCUCUCUUCUCCCCGCUCUCCCUGCCACGACUUCGGUGCCAUUGGUCGGUAGUCUGGGCAGUCAAAGCAAGGGCGAACAUGACUGGCUGGGAUGCUGUGACAUCAAAAGGAGGAGCAGCUUCAGUAUGUGAAUCCAGAGGCCAGCUGGCAAUGGUUCUUGCGCUACAACAGCCAGGCUCGGAUGCAAGUUAUGGGCCUCCUGAAGGUCGCAGGAUUUGUCAAUAAAACGGGGCAGUUUUCCUCCAAA